AGUAUGAAUUUGUGUUCAGAAUCAAAUGGUCGUGUGUAUCGAAUAGUUGCCUCAUUUUUUUCCCCGAAGUUUUUAAUAACAAUAAUAACAACGACGGCAGCAGCAGCAACAAUAACAACAGAAAGAGAGCAGUUGCUUGAACGGGCGCGCGCAUUUUUCUCUUAUUCGCUAGUACACAUUACGUACGCUUGGGUUUAUACUGUUGCAUACAGAGAGAGAGAGAGAGAGAGAGAGAGAGAGAGAGAGCAAGGGAUACAGAGAGAGAAUUAGAGAGAGCGACAGAAACGCAAUAGCAUAGUGUGGUUCAGAGAGUUGAGCCGAGAGAGUGUUCUUUGCUGGCGUUGUAUGUUUACGUUUGUUGCUCAGUACGGUUCGAAAAAAGAGUGUAGAGUGCGCGCAAAAAUAUUGUAUUAUUGAUAGAAUAUUAUAGGCGCAGACACAGACAGUUAGAAGAAACCUACAAAACAAAACACACGCAUAUUCGCGCGAGAGCAUCAUCACAAUCAAUCUAAAGCCAGAAUUUUCUCUUGCCGCCCGAUCGAGAAAGUAGAACACGGUGUUACGGUUUUAUUCUAGUUUUGCAUUGUGUGUCGUUUAUGUGCGAAGAGAAUUGUCUCUUGUUAGUGCAAUUGGUGUCUCUCUGUGUUGUUUAUUUUGUGCAUGACACAGUGGCAUUACGCUUAUGGACACACGCGUCCACAAACUGGACUGAAGCAAACCAAAAAAAAGACCACGAGUGAAGUGAUUUUGGUGAAGAAAAAAGAAAAGUAACGAAUUCGGUUGUGGUUUCUCCGGGGUGAAAGAAAGAGAAAGCGCACACACACACACGUCCAGAAAAAAUGCCGUUGCCGUCAAUCAAAUCCAUCGAAUAUCGUCAUCUAUCGACGCUGCCAGCCAUUUUGCGGAUUGUGGCGUUGAUAUUCAACAUUUUGGCAAUAAUUUUUGCGUCCGUAGCGGAAAAUCCCUAUUACGACGUUAAGAAUGUGAUUAAAUUCAAUUCGAUAGCAAUAGCCGGAGCGAGUUUUUCCUUUAUAACAUUGGCAUUGGUGGUGUGUUGUGCCGAACUGCGUGACUCAUUAAAAUGGUUGCGUAACGAAUUGCUGAUACAAUGUGCAUUAAUAAUCGUAUUUGUUUAUGGUUGUGUGACAAUGGUACGCGAGAUACUUGAAUGCUAUCACACACUCGACAAUGGCUGUCCAAGGCAAUUAACAGCAACGAUAAGUGGAAUCGCAGCCACUAUUACAUAUGUCGUUGAUGCCGUGUUCAAAUUACGUGAAUGGCGUCGAAAGAGUCGUGCCGAGCGUUUGGCAGCCACCGAAGGUGUAACCAAAGUUGAAGCGCCCUACGUUGACAAUCUACCACAAUCAAUAACCGUGGAAACGGUCGCUGAAACUGAGGAUGAAGACGCACCGCCACCAGUACCAAAAUCAUCACCACCAGCCGAAUAAUAGAAAAAUCUCACAAUCUUUUUCACCUACCACCCACCACCACCAACACCACCUCACCACAUUGCGCUCUUACCAAUGGUCACAAGUUUUAUUAUUUUUAUUUUCAAAGAACUUUUUUCUUUCAAUUUUUUUUAUAUGUAUCUUGUAAAUUGCACUAAAGUACAAACAAAAAAUAUUUACUCUUCUUUUCGCGCCUCCCAUAGCUCAUAAGAUAGAAGACUAAAUGUGAAUCAUUUGGCAAUAUAUAUUAUUAUUUUCUCUCUCUCGUGUUUUAUACGCAAAUUUUCCACCGACAAAAAAAAAGCAUUUAGAAUAAAUAUACAAAUCAAACAACAACAAAA